AUGGCCACGAUGACACACCGCCAACAGCGAAAGACGACCACGACGGCUAAGCUAGGGAAUCUAGACGUUCUCCUUAUCGCUCUACGAGCUGACCUCGGCCCCGACUGGGGAUGCUACAAGGAACUCAUAGAGGGGGCUGCAGAUGCGAAGGCAAACGGCGAGAAUGUUUCCGCCUGGGUCGACCAAAUCGAGCCGCUCGUGCGAAACACCGCUUCGCAAUUCGCGCAUCAGGGAGUGCUGUUUCUGUUAGGCAUCAAGGUGGGUAGUGAAGUCAACGUGCAGUCCGCUCCACCUCCUGACAUCCGACGCCCAGCGCAAGCAGCACAGCCCUCAGCCAACAUGCAGAGCAACUUCAACCCCACCUGGACGCCCAUACCCUCACCCAGUUCAAGCAGCUACAUACCGCCAACACCCACCUCCGUCGCAUCCAAAAAACGCUCAGCCGCCAACGUAGCCUUCCAGGGUCAGAAGCAGGCCACCGCGACACAGCCUCUCAAAUCCGACUGGUUCGGCGGUUACGUCCUUCACCAAGACCCAGCCUUUCGGCGCGACGUAUUCGAGUUCUUUGGACACGAGGUACCUGACAAGCCCGAUCCAAAGCACCACGAUCAAUCCGAUGUAUCGUCCGUGUACAAGGCUGCGGAUGACGAUCUUGCGGUUUGGAGGGCGGGCGCUGGGGCUGAGGGCGAAGUGAAGGACGGCGCUCAGGAGGGUCAGAAGGACAUGAUCAAGAGCGUGGAGGAUGCGAAGCGGGAGCGUGUGCGAGAAGGCUUGCGCUUUAAGCUUUUCGACAAGUUGGAUUGA